CCGGGGGAGGCGCCGCCCCCGGCGGCUCCCCACAGGGACGGGCCGGAGCGGCCGCCGCCGCGGUGUCGGGCUGAGUCAGCCGCCCCCGCCCCGCCCAAGAUGAACAUCAUGGACUUCAACGUGAAGAAGCUGGCGGCCGACGCGGGCACCUUCCUGAGCCGCGCCGUGCAGUUCACAGAAGAAAAGCUUGGUCAAGCAGAGAAGACUGAACUGGAUGCUCACCUGGAGAACCUUCUCAGCAAAGCAGAAUGCACUAAAUUGUGGACAGAAAAAAUAAUGAAACAGACAGAAGUAUUAUUACAACCAAAUCCAAACGCUAGGAUAGAAGAAUUUGUUUAUGAGAAGCUGGACCGCAAAGCACCGAGUCGUCUGAAUAAUCCGGAGUUACUAGGCCAGUAUAUGAUUGAUGCAGGGAAUGAUUUUGGCCCAGGGACAGCUUAUGGAAAUGCACUCAUUAAAUGUGGAGAAACGCAAAAGCGAAUUGGGACAGCAGACAGAGAAUUAAUUCAAACUUCUGCGAUAAACUUUCUCACUCCCUUAAGAAACUUUAUUGAAGGAGACUACAAAACUAUUACUAAAGAACGUAAACUAUUGCAAAACAAACGGCUAGAUCUGGACGCAGCAAAAACCAGAUUGAAGAAGGCAAAAGUUGCAGAAGCUCGAGCUGCAUCAGAACAGGAAGUACGAAUUACUCAGAGCGAAUUCGACCGUCAAGCAGAGAUUACCAGACUUCUGCUGGAAGGCAUCAGCAGUACACAUGCGCAUCAUCUUCGCUGUCUGAAUGAUUUUGUUGAAGCUCAGAUGACGUAUUAUGCACAAUGUUACCAGUAUAUGUUGGAUCUCCAGAAACAACUUGGAAGCUUUCCAUCUACCUUCCUGUCUAACAAUAAUCAGUCUUCCUCAGCCCCUGUGCAAAACGUUUCUGCUCCCUCAGUCUUGGCCUCAGCCUCUGCUUCAUUGCCUUCAGUAACCAAUUCAAUAGUUACUUCAGGCUUCAGUGAACUGAAGUCAUUAAGUGGCAGCAGGAAGGCAAGAGUUCUCUAUGAUUACGAUGCUGCAAACAGCAGUGAAUUAUCACUACUUGCAGAUGAGGUGAUAACAGUAUACAGCAUCCCUGGCAUGGAUUCAGACUGGCUGAUGGGUGAAAGGGGAAAUCAGAAAGGCAAAGUGCCUAUUACUUAUCUAGAACUGCUAAACUGAAUGGUUGGCUUGAAUAAAGACUGUCAAUUAUGGUGACAACAUAUUUAUAUACAAUUAAUGUAAUGUAAGCAGGUUUAAGUGUCUUCCAUGUUACUGUCUUAAGGGACAAAUACCAGCCAUUACAAGCUGGCUCUUCUGCCAGCAUGGUUGCAUGGUAAAUACUCUAUUCAAGCUUAAUGUGUUUAAAACUUUUACUUCAUGUGCCAAGAACAUGUUUCCUACAGUUUUGUUUCUACUGAAGUUUUCACUAAUACAAGCUUCUACUUUUGAGUAAUCUAGAUUGAAAGCAGGAGGUACUGUUUUCUACUGAAAUUUUUCAUUAAUGGCAAGCUUUUCUUCACAUAAAAUAAACUUAUUGUGAAUUGA